GAAUUCACACACACUUUGCAAGAGAAGAGGAUAGAGAGAGAGAGGAAUUACUUUGUUGAGGUGUUUCCAGGGAUGUUAGGAUCUGUUCCUAAAACAAACAGUAAACUGGAGGAAGACGUCCAGCACUCAGAGCUGAUGCAGCUGUUGCUGCUCUUUGUUGGUGGCAGGAGCAGCAGGAUGGUCCUCAGCCUCCCACUGCCUCUGCAGCUGCUGCUGGUGGCACUGCUUCUGAACACGAUGCCCUGCCAUGCUGAGCUGAGGGCCCGGGACCCUGAUGUGGCAGAGGGGCCGACGGCCGGGCUCGGGGGCUGGCCACAGCAGCAGGCGCCGGGCAUCUUUAGAGCAGCUCAUUGGCCCAUACCACAUGGACACCACGGCACAGGCAGGGCACUGCAGCCUCCGAUGGGCACGUCUACAUGGCCUAUGCUACCCUCAAGCGGGAGUUCCCACCAGCCCACAAAGAUGGGGAACUGGUGUGCAUUUGUUCAACGCCGUGUGCUCACCGUGGCCGUGCUCUGUGGCACUGAGAAGUUCCAGAUGAAGUCUGUGACCCCUUGCCCUGGCCAUGACCCCGAGUGCCAGAUGACAAAGUGUGAGCCGACCUCCCGUCCAGCGUACAGACAAAAGCAGAGGAUUCUCACUGCAGUAAACUGGAAGUGCUGCCCAGGCCAUACAGGCUCCAACUGUCAAGAAACGGUAAACCCUAAAGAAGGAGAAAUCCAGGCUAGUCAGGAGCACACAGGAGAAGCUGAUUUGGAAGUUUCUGGAGCUGAGGACACAGGGGUGAGGACUGAGGCUGACCUGCUGGAGGGUGCAGGCUGGGAGAACAGUCUGGGCCAGGACUCUCCCCGGGGACCUUCUCUUCCUGCCCCAGCACUCUUUGGUAUUGGUGGAGCAACCCGGCCUUCUACUCCUCUGCCCAUUAUGGAUUCGGCCAGUCUUUUGAUGGUCCAUCAGGGAUUUGCAGCCAUGAUGACCCACCUUCAGCCAGUACUGGACGCCUUUAAUCACAGCCUGGCCCGUUUGUCCAGUGAGGUGGAAGUGAUAUCCACGGAUCUGCAGAAACUGAAGCAAAACCAGGAGAACAAUGUGUCCCACAGCGGAACAAUUGAGGAAAAGUUAGCAGACAGCUUUGAACAGAUACGGCAAAUGCAGGCCCAGCUGAAUUUGCAGGAAAAACAUAUGGAACAAACAAUGCAAUCCCAGCAAGACUUGCUGCAGCACAACCUGACAAACCUGAAAAACGACAUUGACCAUCAUAUCAAUCAGAACUAUGAAGAUAUACAGGGGAAUCUGCAGUAUCUGACUGCAUCAGUGGAGGAGAUCAGACUUAGUCAGGAAAGGCUGGAGGAGUUGACGCAGGGUGAACGUCCUCUCUCUGGCCCGACUGGGAGCCAGCCAGCACCAAUGUCCAAUGCGUGGGAGGCCAUCAGCAGCCUGGAUGAGAAAGUGCUGAAUAACAGCAUGCAGCUCCGUGCCUUGUCUGUGAACUCCAGACACUUUGUUAGCUUCACCCAGAACCUGGAGCAUGGCCUGCAGAACCUGAGCCAGAUCCUGGACCAGGUCCACCAGGACUCAGAGGUGCGCUUUGCAGAGGCUGGGCUAGAGGUGGAGGCAGUGCGCGUGGCUGCGUUGAACAGUAUUAACGAAGUGGCUGCUAAUCUCAGCAUGCAGGCGAAUCAACUGAGAGAGCUUGAACUUUACAUGGACAGUUUUUAUCAGCAUCUCCAAAGCAAUGAACCAACCACAGCAGAGGAAACGUGCAGAUGUAAAGAAAUCAGCAAGUCUUUGGUUAGACUGGAGCAGGAGAUAGCUAAUGUAACAGACUUGGCCAGAGAGAACAGAUAUGCCCUGGAGGAUGAAGAAGCAAAGAAGGGCCAGGGUGACUGGCCUGUGGAACUUGAGGAUCUCAAUCAGGGCUUGUUGAGUGUGAAGGAAUCACUGGCAUUUGAGCAAGCAAAAAGCAGGGCUCUCAAUGACAACGUAUCCCAGUUAAAAGCCUUACUCCUGGGCAGCCAAAAGGAGAUUUUUGAGUUUAAAGAGUGUGUUGUAGCCAAGUCAGCUGAAAUCAGACAUCUCUCUGAAUCUUUUUCCUCCCUUCUGAAGGAUGCCACCCGGCACGCAGAUGUCCUGGAGGUGCUUAUAGGAGAUGAGGUCAUGGAGUUCUUAAGCUGGUCCAGCAGUCAGCAGCAGGAACUAUCCAUUCCCAUUCUGCUACAGAAAAUGCAACUGCUGCAAGAAAAGAUUGAGAGUCAUGAGAGCAGGCUGGCUUCUGUGAGGAGGAAAAGAGAGGAGAGAGAUCACAUGAACACUGAUGUCCUCGGGGCCUUCUCAGAACAAAGUCUGAUCAAAGAACAGGGGACAGCCGCAGCAGAUGAGCGGGACUCUUUAGCAGAAGCAUUUGUAAGGCAACUAGACAGAGACUACUCAGCCAGCAACAUCUGGAGCCUGGGCCGGAAAAUGGAGGAGCUUGCUGAGAGGCUGAGCCAGCUGGAAGAGCAACACCAUAACUGCACUGCAGCCCCUAGUGGUGACAUGGUGGAAUUGCAGGGAGAAGUAGUGUCCCUGCGACAGGCUUUGGAAGAUCAUCUGAGAACGUUCCAGAAUCUGUUCACUUAUACAGAAGAGCUCUCCAGCUCCCCUCACAGUCUGAAAUUGGAUCAGCUGUGGACUGAGAUUAACAGAAAGGACAGGAAGAGAAAGGAUAAAAUGGAGGCGCGCAGCAAUCUCCGUAAAGAACCCAAAAGAACAGCUUCCAAGGGGCCAUCAUACUCUUCUGUGGCAUUCAUCGCUGGCUUGGAUGACAGGACAAGCAGACGAGGCACACUCCUUUUCCAGAAGGUGACACUAAACCACGGCAACGCUUACAGUCCUUCAUCGGGGGCUUUUGAUGCACCUCAGACUGGCGUCUACCUUUUUUUAGUGACAUUAGACUUUGAAAAAGGCCCGUGCCUGGUGCGCCUGAUGCGUGACGCGGUUCCUGCGGCCACCUUCAGGCAGGAACAGCGCCAGGGCGAACUUCGGAGCCGGGCUUUCCUCCUGGAGCUUCGUAAGGGGGAAAGGGUUAUGCUGGAGCUGCUUAAAGGAACAGUGGGCCAAAGGCAGCCUAAUGAGAACACGUUAUCAGGUAUUCUGCUAUUCAGCACUGAGGACACAGACUAUAAGCAAGACUGGAUUCGUGACUGACUCCUGGGCGGAAGAAAUCCAGGCUUACCGAAAACUGUGCUUUACUGCAUCACCUACCGGACUGCCUGAAAACCGCCAAAGAUACCAAUGCCAUUAGUUAGAUUUGGGCUCCCUCUAGGGCCCAUUUGUAGAACUGCAAAAACAACCAGAGUGACUUAAAAAAGGGUUUUAGUUGUAGACUUAAAUAUCGUUAGCCAGCUAAAUAGGUUAGAGGCCAAUAAUACGCAUAACCGAGACACUGCUUAUAUUGAGCUUGUAUCAUGAGGGAUCAUGUCACAUGGCAGUAGGCAUCCCUACAAUAUUUCCCAGAUGUUUCUUUCUUUUUUGUUCUGAUAUCCUCAGAUGACAUUAAGUUGAUGUAAUGGAAGGCUUAACUACAGCUGGUCAAGUCAAAAGAAUUAUGUAUACACAACCUUUAGAGAUGGUAUAAAGCUGAAUUCUAGCAAGCACUUACAGACAUGAAUAAUAGCGGCCAAAAAUUACAUUAAUGAUGACCACAGUAAGGGACACUGCCCUCUGGCCAAAGACUGAGAAUGUUCAUCCAUUCUGUGGUAUAAUACACUUAAGCCAUUCUUUUUAUUAUCAGACAAAUGAAUAACACUGUGAUUGCAUACUAAAAUAAGGUAAUUUACUUAAAAAUUAAUAUAUUGGACAAAUUCUGUGUACAGAACAGCUUUUCUUGGUAAACAUAAGGCACUGUUCUUAAACCCAAAUGCUGUACAAAAUAUAAACAAAAGGUUUUUAGUCCUACACAAGUUUCUUUUGCACAAUGGACAAGUAAGACAUGGACAACAUAUCCUGCGGUCAUCUAAUUAUACAGAGGAACUUCUACUGGCUA